AUGGACCUAGACAUAAUCGAUUCUAAAUCAUCAGCUCCUACGGAACUAUCGUCCAAAGGAAAAAUUCUAUUAUUUGUCACUGGUGGACUAGCAGUUGGUAUAAGUGUCGCAUGUAUACCAUUUAUUUCACCGGCACUUAGAAAAGUCUGUCUGCCUUAUGUUCCAGCUACUACCAACCAAUUGGCAGGUGUUUCUAAGGCUUUAAUUGGACGAAAUGGUCGCUUACUGGAUAUAGGUUCUGGUGAUGGAAGGAUAGUAUUUACAGCUGCGAAAUUAGGCUUUCAAGCUGAUGGUGUAGAACUCAAUACAAUACUUGUAUAUUACUCAAGAAUAUUAGCUUUACUCAAUAGUCAGUACCAAAAUACAAAAUUUUAUAGACAAAAUCUCUGGACGUUUAACCUACAACCUUAUAAUAAUAUUGUAAUCUUUGGAGUUGAACAAAUGAUGGAAGAGUUUGAAUGCAAAUUAUUGCAAGAAGCAAAUCCUGAUACUGUUGUAGUCGCUUGUAGAUUUCCAUUGCCUAAUAUGACACCGAUAGAAACAUUUGGAAAUGGAGUAGACACAGUCUGGAAAUAUGUAAUUAAGAAAAGUGUAAAAUGA